CUUAUCCUUGUGUCGCUGAAGAAGCUCGCCGAUCCGAGCGAUAUUUAUACACCAAAGCCUGCAGUUAUGCCAGCCAGAACCCGAGAAGCAAGCUCAUAUUCGCCGAGCACAACUACUCAUACAGCUCAGUCAACGCCUCGUCGAUUAAUUAGGUACCUAACCCGCCCUUAUUUCAUGGCGUGGCAGCAAGCAUUCCUCCACUACAGCCCCGCCACCGAGCUCUCGUCACUCCCGAUGCCCAGAAAAGAGUCUUAUUCGAGCCUUGGAGCCUCGCUACGAUGCUGAGAAGUCAUCAUUCGUUAAUCUACCUACGUGUAGGUCAUGAUGCAAGCUCGCUUAUGUCACCAUUUGGCAACCUUGCUGGCUAACCUAUGAGUAAGAGGUAGGUAUUCAGAACCGAUGGGUGACACCAGGCUAAAUUGCGCCGUGCGGGGUCUUGACUGUCAGCGAGCGAGCACCAGGUCAGCGCCAACAUCUACCCAAGGCUACAUCCCAUUCACGUAGCUCUUCCUAAUAUUUAUUUGUGGCCGUUUGUAGAACUUCAGAACCUUCAAUGCCGGCCCCAUCAAGCACCGUGCUUAAUAUGUCUGACUAAAAAUACCAAGCGAUGCUCACGACGGAGCCACUUGACAUCGCUGACAUCGUCGGCGUCCCUGUCGACUUAGCCACCCCCUUCGACUACCUGACGAACAGCGAUACCGACGCGGACAACGCUGAACUGCGCAGCGCCCGUCGGUGGGCAUGGUAUUGCAAGGACCCCGCGUGCCCUAAGUACUGGAGCUCCUGGUCUUGCAAGUCCAACUUCUGGCUGCAUCUGUACGAGACGGAUGUGCACCGCGCGGAUGUACGGACGCACACACGAGUGGGACGUCGCGAGCUGGCGAAGGAGUGGAGAGUCGAGACAGAUUGGGGGAUGGAAGAACCGAAGCAGCCCAAGCCUACUCUGGGACAAAAUGGUAUUGCGUCUGGCAAUGAGUAAGCCGCGGGGAUGUAGAGUUUUCAGAUGAGAUGUGCUCUUGUCUUGUCCGAAAAAUCGUUACAUUUGAUGGUGGAAUCAACCCGGAGCAGGCAGGGUCAGAUUGCCUACAUGUAACGGCCUUAUCAACCUCGUGGAGGUAUUCAGGCUACUAAGGAGAUUUGUGUUCCAGCACACCAGGCGAUCGCUACUAGGUUCAGAGGGGCUCGAUCACAUGAGAGGUUCUUUUUGGUUGAAGCUUUUUGCGCAUAACAUGAGGGCCGAUCAUAGAUCGUUCUGAAAGACCGUUUUGAAUAGCAGGUUCUAUUGCUUUAUUAAUAUCUGCCUUCGGCUGGCCAUGAAUCUUCUGUUAGAAAGCUAUGUGGGAUAAGAUCUUCGAAUAGGAGAGCGAAAGAGCGAAAGAGCGAAAUCUCAAACGAUAGCAACCAGAUGCAUAAGAGACCAUUCGAAUGUUCAAUGAACUGCGCCUCUGGUCAGAAAGGGCCUCAUGGGUUAAAGUGUCGAAUCCUGGAGAACUUCUUAUGGCCUCUCGGAUAGACCUGCACCCUAUGGCAUCGUAUUCCGAU